AUGGCAGAGAAGUCAGUACUGAAUGUAGUAAAUUGGCUUUCUUCUUCAGCCAUUGGAGGUGGGGAAGGAGCUGGAAGAACGGAACUGGAUGGGCUUCCCCUCUCCCCCCUCGGCCCCCCAUUGCUGAAUAAGGACACGAAGACAGGCCUGAGCCGGUCCCUGCAGACCCUUCCCACAGACUCCUCAGCCUUUGACACGGAUACAUUCUUCCCGCCCCAGCCCAAGCCAUUGGCCAGGAAGGGCCAGGUAGACUUGAAGAAGUCACGACUCUGCGUGUCCCUGGAGGAGAAACUUCUUAAUGUGAUCCGACCAGCACCACCCCCAGAAGCCCUGACUUUGGAAGUGCAGUAUGAGCGUGACAGGGAUCUUGUCGUUGACUUCCUGCCAUCAGGGACUCUUGGCGACACUGUCUUGGUAGCCAGACCACACCAGCUAGCACAGUAUGGCAACCUCUGGCGGCUGAGCCAGGGUCCUGCAGAGACGGCACACCUACGGGCUUUGGACCAGGACGAUUUAGGCUGCCAGUCUCUGUGCCUCAAGAUCCUCAAGGCCAUAUGCAAGUCCACUCGGGCUCUGGGCCACCUCACUGCCAGCCAGCUCACCAACAUCACCUUCCCCUUGGCCCAGGAGGAGGCUGACUGUCCAGAUAUGCUGGCAGACCGAUUCUUAUAGGCCCUGAGGGGACUCAUCAGCUACUUGGAGGCCAGAGUCCUGCCCAGUGCCCUAAACCCCAAGGUGAACUUAUUUGCAGAGCUCACUCCUGAAGGUAUAGAUGAAGUGGGAUGUACUCUCUAUUGCUCACUGUCUGAGCCAGAGGUGCUGCUGCAGACAGGGCAGGACGAGGCCUUCAAGGACACAGCCUUUGUGGUAGAGUUUGAAGGGAGGUUGAGAAGUGGCAAACACCGGCUGAAAAAUCCGGUCACCGGUUGA